CUGUCACUGUUGAUGUUUUCUCUUGGCCUUAAAGACCUUUUCCUGGAGUCAGGAGCUUUUCCCUCAGUGCCACUUCUGUCCCAUGAGCUGGGGGUGUGUCUUGUCUUCACAGUCAGUAUUUUACCACCUCUUGUGUCUUCUAAAUGGCUCCUCCAAUGGACACUCCUCUUGUUGGGUGGUUUUCCUCGCCUUGCCCAAGCAUGGAGUGUAUUCUUGCUGUGUCAGGGCCCUUGGAUGUGUCACUGGGAAUGGGCCAUGGGGAGAAAAGCUGGAGCAUUGGUGGCACUUCCACUGCUGGGGAUUUGUGUCUCCAGGCCCUUUGUAAGUGCUGGGACCAGUUGUAUUUUCUGGUGUUGUUUCUGCUGGCAAACUCUCCUUAUUCCCUUGGCUGCUGUGGCCUCUCCACAGCCCAGGGAUGUGUGUGGGCACUGCCAGGAGGGAGCAGAGGGCUCAACCCACUCCAGGGAAAUAUUUCAGCUCUGGCCGUUUCUUCGCAUUACAGAAUUUUAUUGGAACCUGCCCUUAGUCUUGUUUGAUCCUGGCUUUGUAAAGUGUAUACACAGAAAGGAAUCUGGAUGAUGUUACUUUACCACUGAAUAAAGCCUAAAUAUAGAUAAGACAUAUGCAAAUUGCUUUGACUCUUUAAAUUAGGCCUGGAAAUUCUAAGUCUGGAGGUACAGAUAAUGCUUAUUGUGCCUGGACACUCUUUGGACUGUUCUUGGUGGUCGAGAAGGAUUUCUUCUACCUUUUACUUGUGUUUUGUACCACAAAUUAAUCAUUUUUUUAAGGCAUGGACUCCAAAUGAAUUUGUCUAUCAUAGAAGAUAUUCCCAGUGGAUGACUUUCAACCCAAACCAUCGAUUUCUUCAUGUUUAAAGAUCUGUUUUACUAAAAUACUAUUUGAAAACUGGCCUCUACCUCCAAGAAUAUCUUUGGUUAGUAUUGGAACUUUCUUGGCAAACUGACUUUCAAACAUUUUCAGUGAUUAUGAACAAAGUAGUGCAUGAUCAUCUUUUUGGUAUGUGGUGGCUGUGAGUAGUGUCUGGUGUUCCCUAUCUUUAGACAACACCGUGUCAGGUUGGGGGUAGGGGGAACUGUUAAUAGAUCAGCUGCAAGGGAACUGAACUAAAUACCAGCAUGUUGUAACCUGGAUUCUAACUUGGUGUGUUUGGGCUGUAUCUUUGAACAAAAAUUACAUUCCAGUUUCCUGUUGGUGUGUGUUGUCAGUGUCUGAUUAUCUUAUUACCUGUGAGGUGAAUAAACUCUGCACCGCUGUGUUUCCAUUGCCACGUUCAAAUAAAGCCUCCUGUGAAACAGCAACUUUUCUCUUCUUAUUAUUCCAUAUUUUAGAUUAUUAUGCAGUGAAGUAGCUUUUAUACAAAAGCAGUGCUGGGGGCAAGAUGUGGCACUGCUGGGGGACCCCAGUGUGGGCGAGGAGUUGGUGCUUGGCUGCAGGUGACGCCGAGAGCUCCGAAAAGAAGGAACAGCAGCAGAUGCUGUCGCUCCUGGAGUGGGCACUGCACCUCCUUGGAAUCAGUUCUGCCUCCGUGGCCAUUUCAGCAAGAUUCACCCUGAACCCAGGAUUUUCUUGAACGUUUUCCUGAGGAUGUACACAGCCCUGUGACCUGUGACAGUUUGGGAACUCCUCCAUGAAGUGCUGCCGGCCCCAGGAGCAGGGGGAGGACAACAAAAACUGUACAAAUGCUCCUGUGAACUGUGUGGACCCUCCUUGUAUUGACUGGCAACAGAAAACUCCAGCUUGGCAAUAGACACCUGGAUUUGUAGGAAGAUGGAAGAGCUGUUCAGACUUCUGUGGUGUCUCCACUUCUCUGCUUGCUUCUGUCAAACUGCUUUGUUGCUGCAGGUGGGACAAUGAUGCCAAAGCACCUUCUUUGAAACCAGCAACAUUUGGAGUAUUUAUAGAUAUUUUGAAUCCAUAACAUGGUGGCAGUGCUGGAAGUGAUCUCCAGCCUGGAGAAAUAUCCCAUUACCAAAGAGGCACUCGAGGAAACAAGACUCGGGAGGCUCAUCAAUGAGGUGAGGAAGAAGACAUCCAAUGAGGAACUUGCCAAACGUGCCAAGAAAUUGUUGCGGAAUUGGCAGAAGUUGAUAGAACCCGUGACCCAGAAUGACCCAGUGCCAAGAGGGCUCCCCAAUCCACCUGGAUCAGCGAAUGGAGGUGCUCACAACUGCAAACCAGAGACACAACUUCCUGCUGUGGCUGGAGCGAAGCCCAUCAGCGAGUUGAAAAGCAGGAAUGACAUACAGAAACUGAAUUCUCCCAAACCAGAGAAACUGGGAAAUCGGAAAAGGAAAGGCGAUCACAGGGAUGGGCAGCAGGGCCCUCCUCCCCCAAAAGUCUCCAAAGCUAGUCAUGAAGUAUUACAAAACUCUUCACCUCCUCCAACAAACGGAAUUGGAGGUAGUCCUGAAAAUUUUCCCAGUCCUGUAGACGUAAAUCUACACACGGGGCCCGAGAGCAGCAGGACAGAACUCAGUGAAAACGAUAAACACAAUAAGAUCCCAGUAAAUGCUGUAAAACCUCACACCAGUUCUCCAGGACUUGUAAAACCUUCAAGCACUUCCUCGUUACUAAAGACUGCAGUGCUUCAGCAGCAUGAUAAAUCAGAAGAGACCACGGGCCCCCACCAGCCCAAGAGCCCUCGCUGCUCCUCCUUUAGCCCCAGGAAUGUUAGGCAGGAUACUUUUGCUCGGCAGCACAGCACGUACUCACCAAAGGAUUCGAUGCCCAGUCCAUCUCAGAGGUCUCAGUUCUUAGACACUGCACAGGUGCCAUCGCCACCACCAUCCCUGAUGCAACCACCCACACCUCCACUGCCAGCCAAGAGACUGGAGCUCCCCCAGCCCUCGGCCACCGAGGUCCCGCAGCACUGGCAGGAGCAGCAGGUCCCUCCUGAGGGACACAGGCACCCAGCGGGGACCCUCCACACAUCUCCUACCUGCAAGGCUGGCACCCACCCCGGGGAGUCGCUCCUGCCACACGUGGGCUUCCCGCAGGACACUUCCAAAAUGGACAGUGACGAUGCUGCUUCAGGGUCUGAUAGUAAAAAGAAGAAAAGGUACCGACCCAGAGACUACACAGUCAACUUGGAUGGGCACGUGACAGAAGGGGGUGUGAAACCUGUGAGGUUAAAAGAGAGAAAACUCACUUUUGAUCCCAUGACAGGACAGAUAAAACCUUUAACACCGAAAGAUCCUUUGCAGGUAGAAAUCCCUGCACUUACUGAACAGCACAGGACAGAAACGGAAAAGCAGGAGCAAAAACCCAACCUGCAAAGCCCUUUUGAACAAACGAACUGGAAAGAGUUAUCCAGAAAUGAAAUCAUUCAGUCAUAUUUAAACAGACAGAGUAGCUUGCUGUCCUCAUCAGGAGUACAGACUCCAGGAGCUCACUACUUCAUGUCUGAGUAUUUAAAGCAGGAGGAAAGCACUAGAAAAGAGGCUAGAAAGACUCACGUUCUAGCUCCUAACAGCAAACCUACAGACUUGCCUGGGGUCACCAGGGAGGUCACGAGCGAUGACCUCGACAGGAUACGUGACCACAACUGGCCGGGCGUGAACGGUUGUUAUGACACACAGGGUAACUGGUAUGAUUGGACACAGUGCAUAUCCUUAGAUCCACACGGGGAUGAUGGGAGGUUGAACAUCCUGCCUUACGUCUGCCUAGACUGAGAGCAGGUUUUUGCUAAAACCCUGCUUUUUUUACACCUGCAGUUGGCAAAACUGGCAGACACGAUGCCACUUCCAGCUGGAGAGAGCCUCCUGUCCUGGACAAACAGGCCCCACGAGCAGAGGGGGGGAGGGAGCUGGGCCUUUCCAGCUCGUUCCUUUAAAUUCUCCUUUUGUGAAAUGCUGCUACCAGUUUACUAACAAUUGCAAAGGAAGGCAUACGAAGGUUGAUCAGUGAGUUCAAAACUCUAUAGCCAGCCAGCUAUAAAAAGUGUUAGUCCCCAAGAAGUGAAGAGGAUUUCCAGCACUUUCUGAAUGCCGGAAUCUUAGUACAGGCAGGUACAGAGAAAAUUGUGGAAGUUACCUUAACAAAAUAUGCAUCUAUUUAUUUGACUUGAUUUGGGUUUUUUUUUAUUUGGCAGUGAGAUAUUCGAGAGACAAUGUGCAAAAACUGUAGUUUUAUUUCUAUCACAUCUCUGAACAUGAUUGCGUUGGUCUAAAGUCAUGUGGUAAACGGAGAUUGGGUUUUAAACAGCAGGUGUUGCACUGCAGGCUGGGCCUCCAGCUUCAGCUCAACAUUCCAUAGGCAUCCACAUCCUUUAGUCUGGUUUCAGUUUAAAUCCAGUCUCUGAGAAAUGCUGCAAAAACUAGAUGUUUAACGAUAUUUUUUGAUCCCACCACCACCAGCCAAAUAUUUUUCCUCCUUUUCCCUUCCUGCAAACUUCUAGGUAAAAAAAAAAAAAAAAAAAAAAAGAACAAAAAAAUAAAAAGAAAAAUCACCUUUUCUAGAAUCUAAAUGUAAUGAGGGUGCUACAAGUUUGUAACUGUACUGUGAGAGGGAAAAAGGAAGCCUGUUUGUAUGCUGGAAAUAUACUUGUUACCAUUCCUUUAGAUAUUGUUUGCCUUAUGGAUAUCCAUCAUAAACGCAAUUUGCAAAAACAAAGAGCCUUAGUGAAUGUACAGUAACUAGACUUCUGUGUUCCUGGGAUGCAGAAGGGAGCAACUUUGCUAUUUGGUCCUUUAAGUGGACACGUUGUGAUAUAAAUGUGGAAAUAAAAAAAAUUUGCACAAAA